UAUUGGGAGUUCCAUAACCAAGGUUCCAAAUUUACCACAAUAUCUCCAUUACAUGAAGUAACUAGCGCAGAAUUGCAACUAGCUCACACUGGACAAUUUAUAAACGACAUUCAUUGCAAAUCAAACAUGAUAGCUCAAGCUGCUGAAGUCUAUAUGCUACGUGUUGUACCAAGCUCACUUCUACGGUCGGCUCUGGUAAAUCCAUUCAAAUGGCAUACAUCGGGCACUGUAUUGGCGGCGCACAUGGCGUUGAAGUACGGGUGGGCCAUAAACCUGGGCGGGGGUUUCCAUCACGCCUCUAAUGGUCGGGCACAGGGAUUCUGCUUUUUUGCCGAUAUCACCUUGAUCAUUCAAUAUUUGUGGAAGUACGUAGAUGAGGAUCUUAAUUUUAUGAUAAUAGAUUUGGAUGCUCACCAAGGAAAUGGCUAUGAGCUAGAUAAAUUUAUAAUGUCAUUACGACAAAAGAAAAAGGUGUAUGUUCUUGAUGUUUAUAAUAAGGAUAUUUAUCCCAUGGACAAGAUUGCUAAAGAUUUUAUUAAUACCAAGGUGGAAUUAUUGCCAAAUACGAGUGAUGAUGAGUACCUCAAGCACAUAAAUGAAUCGAUUGGUAAAGCAUUAAAAGAAUUUUCUACAAGCUUAAUUAUAUAUAAUGCCGGGUCAGAUAUAUUAAAUGGUGACCCUUUGGGUGGUCUUAAUAUAACUGAGCAAGGACUUUUUGAAAGGGAUCGAGUAGUGUUUAAUUUUGCAAAAACUUAUGGUAUACCUAUUGUUAUGUUAACAAGCGGUGGUUAUCAAAGGUCCAAUGCACAAGUUAUAGCAAACUCAAUCAUCAAUUUACUGAAUGGCAAUUUAAUUGAGCCAGUUAAUGAAAAUAAUAUGAAUAGUAUGGCCAUACCUCAGUUCUCAAAUCUGAUGCCUGGCUAUGAUUACAAUCGGUUUGUGGGGUUAUCUGAAUCGGACAGACAAGACCUAAAAUGC